GUGCUGUCCACCUCGCCCUCUUUCCUCCCUCCCCCCCUCCCCCGCUCCCCCUCGCCCACCUUUUUUUCCCUGAGAUGUUCCCCUUCCACGCUUCGCCUCUCGCCACCGGCCGCCGUGGCUACGCCACCGCCGCCGGUGCCGCCGCCGGCGCCAAGGACUUCGCCCAGGAGGAGCUCUUCGCCCGGACCCUGCUCGGCAACACCCACAUGUCCCACUACCAGGUUCUCGGCCUGCCGGAGCCGGUGUUCGACCUGAGCCUCAGCUCGGCCGAGGCCGUGGCCUCCGCCAACAAGGCCUCCAGCCGUGAGAUCCGCCACGCCUACUACAAGCUGUCCAUGCGCUUCCACCCGGAUCGCCUGCCGGCCGCGGCCUCCGCCGCCUGGGGCAAGCCCGCGUACACCCGCAUCACCGACUCCUACGCCACCCUGGCCAACCCGGACACCCGCGCCGCCUACGACCAGUCCAUCUUCCGCGAGGCCUCCACCCGCGCCGCGGCCCUGACCUCCUCCCGUGGCCGUCAGUACCAGUUCCACACCUCCUCCGGUGUUAACCCCUCCUUCGCGGCCAACACCAACGCCUCGGCCUUCUCGGACUUCACCCGCCAGAGCUACCGCCCCUUCGACAACUACAACGCCUUCCACCAGGCCUACAAGCACCACCAUGGUGCCGCCUUCGGUCGCUACUCCGCCGACAGCACCUCCCACCAGGGUGACAACCGCUUCGACAUCGGCAACGGCACUGCCGCCCGCAUGGCCGACCGCGCCGCCGAGUAUGCCCGCCACGCUGCCCGCACCACCGGCAGCGCCGCCCGCUUCAUGGACCCGGAGCUGGCCGCCAAGAUCGCCAAGAAGCAGGCCCUCCCUCGCCGCUUCCUCCUCCCCUCCCUGACCGUCAUGGCUACUCUUGGCGUUGUCGGCCUUGCGGCCAUCUACGCCCUCAACGACCGGCCCAGCUCCCUGGAGCUGGACAACCGCCGUUUCCAGAAGACCCGUCGUGCCUUCGACUAAGUACCUCUAGCGCACGCAUGUACCCUGUACACGCAUGCAUAUGUACCACGAGGGGGGCGGGGGAGCAGGAGCGCGCGGCCGACAGCGGCCAUCGACCGGCCACGGGACGACGGGCGGGGCCCACUCCUCCGUCAUGGCAGUAGACAAUCCGACAAGCCAGUGUGACGGCCAGGAUGCGCUGUCCCUGUUGUCCGGGACGGAACAUGGCUUCGCCAAUCGGCGGCCCUGUGUUUGCCGAGCCCGCGCUCCUCGCUGUCCCCUGCCCCCCUCCCCCCUCUCUCCCGCUCGCUCUGUCUGUCCCCUUCCUCCUCGCCUCCCCCCAUGUAUUCGCCAUUUUGGAGGGAGUCCAAAAGGUGUCUUCUCAUGGCCUCACUCACAUAUAUAUAUAUCUACACACACACACACAUCCCUAUAUAUGUAUCCGUCCAGCUGGGCUCGGCCAAUGGUAAAGGGUUAGCAAGGCCGGCGCUCGUCCGCCUUUUUUCCCAUCCACCUCGGUGGGCCUCAUGCAUGUCUCGGCGCUUUUCACCCCCCUCCCCCCUCCUAAAUACACACAUAUCAUACAA